CCGCUCCCAGGAGAAGAUGAAGCUGCGAAAGAGAAAGUCCACUUUGUACCUCAGCCCCCGGAAGAGCACGUUGCGCCACGGAGGAAUUAUGUAUUGUGCGCCUUGCAUGUGCGGAGCACUGUGGAAGCGGCCGGAAAAGAAAGCCGAGUUUCCCCCUGCAAACCUGCGACCAAGAAAGGAGAGAGUCGUUUUGCUAAAUGGAGGAGGAUUGGGACGGGUGGGUGGGUGGGGUGGGGUGGAGGGAGAGUUAGCUGGGCCCGAGUUCUGUCGCUCUUUCCUCCUAAUCCUUCCUUUGUUAGAAGUUGGAUCCCUGAGGGUCAAGAUCUCCUUGGUGAAAACAUUUAUCUGGUCUUGUUUACCAUAGCAUUACGAAUAUGUAACUGUUUUUUAGUCCAGACAAGUUUUGUUCCAGAUGAAUAUUGGCAGUCUCUUGAAGUUGCACAUCACAUGGUUUUCAAUUAUGGUUAUUUGACCUGGGAAUGGACAGAAAGAUUGAGGGGUUACACUUAUCCCUUAAUCUUUGCAAGCAUUUACAAGGUCCUGCAUCUUUUGAGGAAAGAUAAUGUUCAACUGCUGAUUUGGAUUCCUAGACUUGCCCAAGCACUUUUGUCUGCUAUAGCAGACAUCAGACUCUACUCAUUAAUGAAGCAACUUGAAAAUCAGCAAAUGGCAAAAUGGGUGUUUUUUUGCCAGUUGUGCUCUUGGUUCACAUGGUAUUGCUGUACCAGAACUCUUACAAACACCAUGGAAACUGUUCUCACUAUAAUUGCUCUUUUCUACUAUCCUUUGGAAGGUUCAAAGUCUAUGAACAGUGUCAAGUACUCGUCCCUGGUGGCACUUGCCUUCAUAAUUCGUCCCACAGCUAUCAUUCCAUGGAUACCCUUGGUCUUUAGACAUUUCUGGCAAGAACAGAAAAAGCUUGAUCUUAUUCUGCAUCAGUUUUUACCUAUAGGAUUUGUCACUUUGAGUUUGUCUCUGAUCGUUGAUCGUAUUUUUUUUGGUCAAUGGACCCUGGUUCAAUAUAACUUUUUGAAAUUUAACGUGCUUCAGAAUUUGGGAACAUUUUAUGGUUCUCAUCCAUGGCAUUGGUACUUUAGUCAAGGAUUUCCAGCUGUCUUGGGUACUCACUUACCCUUCUUUAUUCAUGGCUGCUUUCUGGCCCCAAAGAGGUACCGAAUACUUUUGGUAACUGUGCUAUGGACACUGCUAGUUUAUAGCAUGUUGAGCCACAAAGAAUUCAGGUUUAUCUAUCCAGUUUUACCAUUUUGUAUGGUGUUCUGUGGGUACUCACUAAACCACCUGAAAACAUGGAAGAAACCAGCUCUCAGCUUCCUGUUUUUAUCGAAUAUGCUCCUUGCCCUCUAUACUGGUUUAGUUCAUCAACGAGGUACUCUUGAUGUCAUGACUCAUGUUCAAGAACUCUGUUACAAUAAACCAAAUAAAUCUUCAGCUUCAGUAUUUAUAAUGAUGCCUUGCCACUCUACUCCUUAUUAUAGCCACGUCCACUACCCACUUCCAAUGAGAUUUCUCCAAUGUUCCCCAGACCUGACUGGAAAAAGUCAGUACCUUGACGAAGCAGAUAUAUUCUAUCUGAAUCCCUUAAACUGGCUAGAUAAAGAGUUUCACAAUGAUUCAACAUUGCCUACUCACUUGAUCAUCUUCAGCAUUUUAGAGAAGGAAAUAAGCACUUUCCUAAUUUCAAGCAACUAUGAGAGAACUGCUGUGUUCUUCCACACUCACUUGCCAGAAGGUCGAACUGGAAGUCACAUAUAUGUCUAUGAACGGAAAUUAAAAGGGACAUUCAACAGAAGAUGAAAUUCUGAACUGUGUUUAAGUCUUUCCUAAAGCGGUGCCUGGGUAGCUCAGAUGUUAAGCGGCAGCCUUCAGCUGAUCCCAGGGUCCUGGGAUCGAGCCCCGCAUUGGGCU